ACGGUCGGAACGGUUACGGGGAGAGGUAGAGAGCGGAGGAAUCAGCAGGAGGAAAACGGUGGUGGGGGCGGUCGAACGCGGCAAGGGAGACGAAGGGAGAGAGAAGAAGCAUGGGGGCGGUGGCUGGUCCGCUACGGCCGCCAUCACCAUCCGUCCCAUCCUAUAGUAAACUCCGAAGCAGCAGUCCCCAAUCUGUCUCCAUGUGUGUUAGUUAGGACCGUGUUUUACCGGUGCUUGCUACUCCAAGCUGGUAGUAACACCGACAUUUCUGCCUUGCCCGCUCUCUGCGAUGCCCUAGCAUCGGCUCUCCCGAUACUGUCGCACUUCCCUCGUUCCUUUCUUCUCUCCGUCUUUUUCCCCGCUAUUCUUUCCCUCCGGUCUCUGUCUCCUUAAGUGUGUUUUGCUUCUGUGCGUGGCGAGGAACGCGUACGCGAAUGAAAAGAAUCGGUAGAGAAGAAGAAGGAGAAGGCGGCGGAGGAGGAGACGGCGAAAGAAGAGCAUCGUAUCGCUUUCUGCACGGCCCGUUUCCAAGGAUAUAACCGGUGUGCGCCGUCUUCCUCUGUUUUUCGAGGUUCCCUUCUUUUCUAUCCCCGAUUCACGAGAGUGUAUAGUGUGAUUAGUUGGGAAGUCGCCAGUGCACUGCAACGUGUAAUUCGCUAUACGUACGCCUUUCAAUCCGAGACGUCCAUCCUUUAAGACCGAGCGGGAAGAAACAACGGACCGACACGAGAGAUGAUCGCCAGGAGUGCUCUUUGUGCGGAUUGAGUCAGCUUUACGGACGACGCGGACUCGAGCGGAUAUGCACAUGCAAACAGGCUGUAUCUCGAGAUUCGUUACCCUUUUUUUGAAGAAUCCUACCAAGAGGAUCCUCGUAAUUCCCGCAAUCUUCAACUCGGCAUACCAGCGACGAACGUCGAAAAUCCAACGAGUCUGAGACGCAUCCCACCCAAUCGGUCCUCUCGAAUCAUCGUCGUGGAAUCGUCAGUUAUCGAGACGAGGGGAACGAAGGAACGGACGAACUAUCCGUGGACCUCAGCGCUGCCGCCUGCUGGAAUUUCUCCUGUCGUCGUCUGCACACAUAACCUCUCUCCCUCGUCUCUUGGCCGACUCUCUAUUCUCCGCCCUCUCACCUCUCUUGGUCGCUGUUAUCGUUCUAUCUCCACCUCUCUGUCUCCCGCGAUCACUUGGCUCGCUCGUCUAUUUCGCAUCGGAAGAGAAGAAACGUGAUCAACAUUCCCGUGUUUCGUUGAACUCUACGGUGCGCGCGAGUGACACGUUGCUUUUAAUGUUCACCGCUCGGCGAGUGCUCGUUCACCGGCGCGUGGAUAUCCGGAAUCGAGGCUCGAUCAACGGUGAUCGAGAACACGCAACCGGUGCUGCUCGAUCGCGGCACACGGAGUCGAUUGUCGUUGCUCGAUACAACGCGACCGAACCAACGAGGAAACGAGAGUAACGAUGAGCAGCCGCCGCGCACCGAAACAUCGCUGGACGUGAAUAUACCAUCGUUCUCGAGAAAAAUACGCGUCUCGUCGGGCAUUUACUCCGUUGCCCAAACGAAUCGUCCUUACGAUCGAACGUGCCCGGAGCCCCGUAAUUCGUAUCGAUGAUUCUUGACGCGGGAACGGGCGGUUAUCGAUACCUCGUGCCGGCGACGUAGCUAUCGAACGAUUCGAAAGAGAAACGGGGAGGAAAAGUGCAACCAUGCGUCGCUGUACCUUGAAACGUCACAGAUCACGCUGGACGAACUCUUGAGCCGGGAUCACGAGACGCUCCGCGGCUACAGAACCAUUCAACCUGGCGGAAUCGUCCAAGAGACGCAAGACGUACCUCGGGGAGCACUGGCUCGCGCUCACGCGAAUAUGAGCAUGACUCUCGUCCGAAAUACGUUCAAAGGUUGCAGCGAGGACGAGGCAGCAGGUGUCGUGAAAGUGGAGGUGGGCGUAGAUUGCGCGGCCUGGUCGCCAACCACAGGAAGUGCCGCUGGAGGUGGUAGCGGGCCAGGUAGCGAAACGAGUGGUGGCAGCGGCGGCGGCGGUGGUGGUGGUGGUGGUGGUGGUGGUGGUGGUGGAGGUGGUGGUGGAGCUGGAACAGGAGGGGUUGGUGGCCGCAGUGGCGUCGGCGAGGGCGGAUCGACGAAACAGGGUGGCAAGAGGUGUCCCCAGUGCGGCAUCCUCUGUUGGGACGUCCACAUCCUUCAGCUCCAUCUCGAGGACACGCACAAGACCACCUACGCCAUCGACAAGAACGAUCUCAACGCUCAAUUGUCCCAAGUGUCCUGCGGGGUGUGCAGCAAGACCUUUGCUAACGUCUACCGACUCCAGAGGCACAUGAUCAGCCAUGAUGAGAGUGCCCUGCUUCGUAAGUUUAAGUGUCCCCAUUGCGAGAAAGCCUUCAAGUUUAAGCAUCACCUCAAGGAACACCUCCGCAUCCAUAGCGGUGAAAAGCCAUUCCAAUGCAACAACUGCGGGAAACGUUUCUCUCAUUCGGGGUCGUACUCGAGUCACAUGACGGCCAAGAAGUGCUUGAUCGUGAACUUGAAAAAGCCCAGGCACACAAACGUGAGCAACGUCGAACGCGGCCCGAAGAAGGCGCAACAAUCCCUGCCGCCAGGACGACGCGAGGUCGACCUGCUCGCGGCGAAUAAUAACACUUUCCUCCCUAUUCUGCCAAAGCUUUCACCCUCGGACUAUCAGGAGAUACAACGAGAAGGAGCGGGUAUUUACGACAUGCCGACCCUUCUGCCUCAAGUGAUGGGCUUCGGUAGUUACUUUCUACAAGCGUCCCUCGGCAAAAUCCUGAAUCAGCUACAUUCCAAGAGAUUGGACGAGGUAGCCGAGCAAUUUGAAUCUCAUCGAGAGCUUACGAGCCCGUCUCGGGACUCCGAAGGAACGGAGGGCACGGAGGGCAAAGAGUCUCCAGCGCCUAGCGAUCCUCAGGGUCUAGACGCGGUGCGACGGAUCCUGGAAACGGUGAACACCUCGGUGACCAAGCAACUGUUAGAGGCGAGCGUACGGAAGCUAUCCACUUCACCGGCCACAACGAAACGGGAGUUUGAGGAGGAUUAUCAAGAUCAAGAUAGCGAGAUGUCUAGCGAGAUGGCGCACUGUCCAGACUGGUCAGCGGCAGACCAAUACGAUUCCCAGAGCGAAGGUUUGGCGGCGAAGCUGGAGGACGUGAAUCAGCCGACCGCGAAAUCAGGCUGCAAAAGGAAAAUGGAGGACAGCUCGGAAGUGGACUCUGAGGACGAGGAGGAUGGCUCGCAGACGCACAACGAUAACGGAAGGAGAGUGAGAGCCAGGUCGUUGAUAGACGACGAGCAAUUGGCUGUCCUGAAAGGGUACUACGCCAUUAAUCCCCGACCCAAGAAAGAAGAGAUCAUCAUGAUCGCGAAUUACAUCAAUUUUCCCACUCGUGUCGUUCAGGUUUGGUUCCAAAAUUCCCGGGCGAGGGAUCGACGAGAAUCGAAGAUACCAGCCUUGGUACCGUUGGCUAAUCCAGUCAGUCAAACCGCCAUCGAGCAACCACUUGAUUUGUCGAAGAAAGAAGCGCUCACGCAGUCAACGUGCAAGGACAACGACACCGGUAUCCCUGCCAAGGUCGCGUCGACGCCUCCACGUGAACAGAAGCCCGAUAAUCCGGAGACGGACGACCUGGAGGACUCGCCUCUUGUUAUAGAUGAAGAAACCACCGACUCGACGGAAGUAAAACGCGUAGUUCCUGUCGCGAGCAAAACUGUUCCAAAGAGUCAACCUCAAGCAAACGUGAAGAACGAAAGCGAAACCGCGAGUCAACCGGAGGUUCCACCGGCGGCAGAUAUCGAACAGGGUGUCUACUUCUGCGAUCGGUGUGACAAGACAUUCUCCAAGCACAGUUCCCUAGCUAGACACAAAUACGAACAUUCCGGGCAAAGGCCGUACAAAUGCGUGGAGUGCCCAAGGGCGUUCAAGCACAAGCAUCACCUGACCGAACACAAGCGACUACACAGCGGCGAAAAGCCCUUCCAGUGCUCCAAGUGCCUAAAGCGCUUCUCUCACUCCGGCUCCUACAGCCAGCACAUGAAUCAUCGUUACUCUUACUGCAAGCCGUAUAGAGAAUAGAAGAAGUAUUCCGCUAGUUGAAAACCAAGACUCGUUGGGCUUAAGUUAAGUAUGGCACGGUCCUUUUCACUUCCACGACAGGACUCAGCAUUUAAGUUCGAAGAAAUAUAUACCUCGCGUUCUGACGCAGGAACACGAUUACAGGGGAUUGGGGAGGGAGGGGGGGGAGAUAUAGCGAUCUAGUGCAGGGGUCGUCAAACUACGAGCCACAUUUUAUUCGCAAUUCCAGCGACUACAUCCAAGAUACCAUACUUGAAAUAAUCAGUAUCCUUUAGAGAGGUUAGGAUGCCUUUGUAAAUAAAGGUAAGAUAGAUCUUCUACAAUUCAUUUUUAAUGUGCUAGUCGAUACAAAUUGGUGUAAAAUAUUUUUUAUUCCAAUCUUUUGAUAUUGUACAAACAAAAAAUUCUGUUACUCAAAAAGCUAUUCAAGUUAUACGCUUGAACCAAAAACGUUAUACGCCCACAAACUAAUACAGUAAAAUUUGCUGUCAAACGUGAAACAACGUUAUUUUACUAUUAAUUUUAUCGAGGAACUAUGCUUCGUCUUUAUAAUCGAUUGGUUUUCAAAGUUAUUAACUACUUAACAUUAACCCUCUUGGCCCUCAAAAGCCGCCAUUUUGAUUAUUCGGACUUCCCAAAAGAAAUUUGACGAUCCCUGAUCUAGAGGAUGGUUAGACAAAGAAAGAGCGGAAGUUCGACGAAUCCGCGAGGAUCUGUCAUUGCGCUCCACGCAGUGACAAUGAGAAAUUAGCCAAAGCCUAAAGUAAUAUAUUUAGCUGGACGCACGAAGCCACGGAAACGGAACACCGGGUGGACGAUGCGAAGAUGGCGGCCAAGAACGCGCGUUUGAGAAGACAAAGAGCGAAAGACAAGACAUCGUUCCUUCUCAAAUCCGUUCUCGGCGUCGAGAAAUGAAACGAAAAAAACGAAAAGAAAUGAAACAAAAGAAUAAAAAAAAAAUCGCGGCGACCUCAAGGUCGACGAGUAUAAAACCAAACAAUACGCAACAGUACCAAAAAUGCAUAAUGCAAUAAUCUAUUAUAUAUUAUAUAUAAUAUACAUAAUAUUUUAGUAUUUUUAUUAACAAGAUUAUUAUAUAUACCAUGACAAUAAUAAGGAAACUAAUUAACGUACAAAUUUGUUAGCCACGUUCGCACGGGGCACGCGAUAUAUUCAUUCGCGGCGCGCAAAUAGGCGAAGGGAUGUAUAAAAGCGAUAUAAACGGAGUUCGUUUGAAGAGUUUGCAAUCGAAUAUUCGAUGAGAAACUAGCCGAACAUUUCUCUCCACACACACAUAUAUAUAUAU